AUGGCUCCCACACUCGAAAUAUCUAUCCCUAACACCAGCAUCUCGCCCACCUCCCCCCCAUACACCCUCUACAACAUCACCCUCCGCCUGCCUCUCCGCUCUUUCACCGUCUCGAAACGCUACUCCGACUUCACCACCUUCCACACCACCCUAACCAACCAAACGAACGCGCCCCCUCCGGCCCCCCUCCCCUCUAAAUCCUGGUUCUCCAACACAGUCAAGAAUGCCUCCCUGCGCGAAGACCGCCGCAUCGCCCUAGAAACCUACCUCCGCGCCAUCAACGACGCCGACGACUCGCGAUGGCGCAACUCGCCCGCCUGGCGCGCUUUCCUGAACCUCCCCACGGCCGCCACGACGGGCGGGAAGAACAACGGGGGCACGGGGCCAUCGAUGACGUCUGCGCGGUUGCAUGCCGCGAUUACGGAGCCGGGUAGUAGCGGCGGAGCAGGAGGGGCGGCGAUCACGGACCCGACGCUUUGGUUGGAUUGUUACCGUGAUAUGAAGGGGCAUUUGCAUGAUGCGCGACUGCAUCUGACGAGACGGGAUCAGGAGACCACGCCGCAGAAGCAGCAUGAGAGUUCGGCGAGGGCGAAGAGCUCGUUGGUGCGUGCUGGGUCGCUGAUCGUGGCGUUGGAAGAAGGGUUGAAGAAUCUCGGGGAUGGGCCGGAGGGGCCAGUUGGUGGUGGGGAUGGAGGAAAGGCAGGAAGGAAAGUGGCUAUGGGUGGUAGUGGAUUAGGUGAAGGGGAGCUUCGACGUCGGAAGGAUCUCUUGAUCAAUGCGCGGAAGGAGAGGGAUGGGUUGGAAGAUCUGUUGAAUGCCAUGGCGGCGAAAAGCCGGGUCGAUCAUGCGGUUGCGUCGAUUCAGGACAAGGAGGCGCUUGUGGGAAGUGCAGGGAAGAAGCCGGCGAGGUCGGGUCGAGUGCUGGGGAAGGAGACGGAGAGGACGAGGGAGUUGGACAAUAAUGGAGUGCUGCAGUUGCAGAAGCAGACGAUGAAGGAGCAGGAUCUGGAUAUCGAGGAGUUGAGGAAGAUUGUGAAUCGGCAGAAGGAGUUGGGCAUUUCGAUCAAUGCCGAGCUGGAAUACCAGAAUGAGCUGCUGAAAUUGGCAGAUGAAGAUGCAGAUAGGUUACAAGGCAAGAUCGAUAUUGGGAAGAAGAGGAUUGGAAAGAUCUCCUAA